AUGGAUUCCUUCGCCAAGCUACCUCUAGAGCUCAUUCUCCAAGCCCUCACAUACCUCAAAGACUAUGUUGGGGCCUUCAAGGCUAUACAGACAUCGCCUGUAUUAUUUCGCCGAGGUGCGAACUGCGCAAGACUGCACGCAGCCUUCAUCAGGAGGCAUCUACACGGUAGUGCGGUCCAAGACGCCUUAGCAAUCAUACAGUUUCCGAGGCAAGCAAGUCAACACGAGAGAGACACACGCCGGGCUGCCUUGAUCCAGUCCCACCUUAUGACAUGGGGUGCCGGUGGGCUCGUUGAUCCUUGCAGCGUUGCGCAUCCAGACCUCGCAAGAUUCAGGGAGCUUCAUAGCUUUUGUAGGCGUCUCCGGGCCUACAUCGACGAUUACCUAUCCAAAGCCACGAGCGUCCAUUUCGAGUGGGCGUUUCUCUAUCUUCCCCGCUGGUCUCAUUCCGACUACAGAAAGAUCUCCUUCAUUAACAAAAUCCCAGCAAAUAUCGGGGAUUUUGACGUGGAGGGUUUGAGCGGCCAAGCCUGCCUAAAGAUUUACAGAGCCUUUAUGCAAUACGAGAUCCUUUGCAAGGUCUACGGGCCUAUCACGGAAGAGUCUCUCCUCGAGGAUGAUUUGCGUCAAACAAGCUCGAAUUCAAUCAACCCCGAGCGUCCUCCUUAUCUAAGCUCCUGGGAUUGGGAGCUUCUUUCGAGAUAUCGACCAGGCGACCACACCCUGGCUGACGUGUCUUCACUCAAGUGUGUCCGCGAAUACAUUAUCACUCUCUACGAAGGAAUGAUAAAUUAUGGAUUCCUGUCUAAGAUAUCAUUCGCCUGUAGAGAAUAUUUUCGGCACAUCCUCCCCGAUGCUGGCAGUAGCAUCCACUCCACAGCCGAUUCGCACAUGCUCCGACAUAUCUGGUUAUGUGCAGGAGAGCGUUGGCAUUCCCCUCCUUCAAGGGCUAUAAUUGAGGCUGUCGAGAAAAUCUUAAUCCGUCACCCUUUUUCGUCCAUGCCAGGGGGCGGUGAUUGGGCGCCAAUCAGGAAUUCUUUUAUGUCCUCCGCAGGGUUCGAUGCUGUUCAUAGUAUCUUAGCUAUGGGGGGUGACGACAGCAAUGGACUCCUCGAACGCCAAUUCUCUGGACUUCCCGAACACUUGCCUUAAACGGGUAACUCGAAACCCCUGGCGAAUGGUCGCGGCGUCGGCUGGGUAGCUGACAAAAUUACAAGAGCCUCUCGACAGCGGGCAUGGGCCUUGUUGAGCGCAGAUGAGCGGCGUGGACCGCCACUGCGGCUCUUGUCGCCCGGGAUGACGGAACUUGAUGCAAGACUUGUCGAAACCGAGUGGAUUUGUCAGGGGCCGGACUAUCGGCCCUAUGACUGUCUCGUUGGGAGAAUCUUGCCAUUCUGGGGGUAGAAGUCAGAAAUUCCUGUUGGGGAAGAUUCCAUUAUUCGCAUUGGUCUAAGUGGACGACAAG